AGUUGGAAGCUGAUCUAUGGUGCAUGGGCACCAGCAAAAGCCUAGCUCUCUUGCGGACAUUAUAUGCCUACCUGGAACGAGUGGAGAAGGAGAACGACCUACUGGUGUGCGGAGACUGCCAGACCAGCUUUGCCCUGCAGGACAUUGUCCUCUUCAUCAAGCACAAGAAGCAGUGCUGCGACAAGGAAAAUGUCGACACGGCCGACGGACCUUGCCGGAAGCCGGGCAGCGGCGGCGGCAUCAACAACAACGAACACAACGGCGACCACAUCGACGACGACGACCCGGACGAGGACAACGACGACGAGGGCGUCGACGUGUCCAAGUCGUCGUCUCGGAGGGGGGAGGAUGAGGAGGAAGAGGACGAGGCGAGUGAGGACAAUAACAAAGACGAGAACGGCGAGGAGGACUCUAUGGAUACCUCAGGACACAACAGCCUGGUGAAUGGGGAGGCUGUGGAGAGACACGAACAAAGGAGGAGGCGGGAGGACAGGACCUCCCGGACUCCACUGCGUCAGAAGCAAGUCGCUGACGCCGAGUCUAACACUAUACAUUCAGAACCGUCCAGAUUUGUAUGUGAGACAUGUCGCAGCACCUACACCUCGGCCUGGGCGCUGCUGCAACACGCCCAGAAGGAGCACGGCAUGAAGAUCUACACCAACUCAUCCAACCACUCGCCAUCAGCUGCCUCCACGCCCGUACCCAUCUCCCCCAUCGACCUCGUCGUGGCCUCCUCGCCUCGGUCAGGCAUGGACCACCGAUCUGUGUCUUCUAGCGGGAGUGGCGGCUCAGCCUCACCCUUCCCCGUGCACGCCCCCAACCCCUUCGCCUCCCCCUUUACCCGCAUGCCCCACCCCACCUCCCUGAGCCCCUUCUCCCGAGGCAACUUUGACUUUGAUAUCAUCACAGACUACAGGUUGCGUCCACAGCUCUACCCCCGCGGCUCAUCGGGACUCGAUCACCAGACCUUCACCUCGUACGACCGAACCCGCGCCCACCUGUCCCCGGCGUUCGAGAGCAACUAUGACUAUUACUCGAUGCGCCUCAAGCAGCUGGCCAGCUCCCCCGUGGUCUCCAAAUCUCAGUUCACGUCCAGCCAACCCCCCAACAUCGCAGCCACGCCCAACUCAUCCAAGCCUGAAAGUCCCUCUCUAGAAGCCUCGUCUCCCAGGAGUUCAAGUUUAUCCACGGCCGCGGGCUUGGCGCCCAAGUUGAAAUCCUGCGAGUUCUGUGGCAAGUCUUUCCGAUUCCAGAGCAAUUUGGUUGUACAUCGGCGAUCUCACACAGGCGAAAAGCCGUACAAGUGUUCUAUAUGCCCUCAUGCCUGCACGCAGCAGAGCAAACUCAAGAGACACAUGAAGACACACGCCACAAAAACUGAAGAAGGCGCAACGUCGCCCAGUGGUGCCAUUCAUCCGAAAGAAGAAGAAGAGGAAGCAGAGGAAGGAGAUGAAGAAGAGGAGGAGGAGGAAGAUGAUGAAGAAGAAGAGGAGGAAGAAGAUGAGGAAAUGGAUGAUAAUGACAUGGGUGAAGAAGAAAUGAACGAUGAGGAGAGGGAGGUUCUGGAGAAGCUGAAGAAAGCAGCAAACGGCAACGAAGAGACGACGCCAGAGCCUGGCGAGAUCAGGCAUGUGGCGAAGAAGAUCAAGCUGGAGUCCGAUGCUCGCGACGAUCUGCCAGGGGCCCGCGACGAGCUGCCCAAUGACCUGUCCCUCAAGGCCAAGCCCGUGGAGAGCCUGCUGAGCGAAGUGAUGAAGAACUCUGGCCUGAACAACAUCCAGACAUACAGCGAGGCCUUCAAGGCGGCCCUGGCUGAGAGCCAGGAGAACAGCAAGGACAAGGUGGAGGACAGAAACAGCCGGGACAGCCAGGACUCGGCCAACAGCGACAGCCCCAAGAGCCCCAGGACAGGGGUCAAGCGCGAGCUAGAACUGGAGAAGGACUCUGAAAAAUCUGGACAAAAAGAUCACCUUUUCCUUGGUGGCACCGACCUUCUGAGUAAAUCCUUGAAGAGAGACUGGGCCACGUCUGUUGAUACAUUAUCACGGGGCAUGGACCCUGCAGCAGCCUCUCUGUACAGGAGCACCUAUCCUUGGUAUCACCCAGACAACCCAGUCAGGCUGUUUUUUCCCAGCUAUCCGCCCAGAUUCUCCCAAGAUUUGAACUUGAACCCGGAGGCUCACAACGGUCUGAACCUCAGUCCAGGUGUGGCCACCACCAGCAGUGCCUUAAAAACUGACAGUCCCAGCAUCCCCUCGCUCUUCAAACCCAACCUGGCCAGCCCCCCCAACUACCCCAGCUCACACCGCCGCGGUACCUCCAGCUCCAGCAGCAGCCCCACCGGCAACCUGCUCAUGCCCAGCAACGGCUCCGGCCUCAACACUCCGCCCAGGAAGGAGAACCGGCGCAACGACACGUGUGAGUUCUGUGGGAAAGUGUUCAAAAACUGCAGCAACCUGACAGUGCACCGACGCUCCCACACGGGGGAGAAGCCCUAUAAGUGUAGCCUCUGCAGCUACGCCUGCGCUCAGUCCAGCAAACUGACCCGACACAUGAAGACGCACGGCCGCCUGGGUAAAGACGUGUACACGUGUAAGUUCUGCAACAUGCCCUUCUCCGUGCCCAGCACCCUGGAGAAACACAUGCGCAAGUGUGUUGAGAACCGCAAUGCCAGACUUUUGACUUCAGAGUCUGGAGACUUGAGUUCUGAAUCCAACGGGGAAAUGAGCCUGCAGUCAGACGCAGCCUCGGGUGUGUACUGAAGCAGCUCCUAGACCAGCUUGUUGCAGUGGACCCUGUUUUCCUCUCUUUGUUGUGAUCUACCACCAGGGACUCACACAGCCUCUUGUUACCCAAGCAUAAUCUGUUUAUUUACUUUUCUAUGAUAUUUCCAUAGAGUAUAUUCAUUCAAGUUCCGCCCCCCAUCCCCCCCUUUUUGGAUAAUGGCGCUACAUUUUUUUUUUGUAAAGCUGAAUGACAGCAAGAUAUAUGUGGCUGAAAUAUUUACACUUUAAAAAAAAAACCAGCUUCCCAUAAUCCACUGGUUGUAAAUAUCUCCCCUUCCUGUGCCAUUUUUCUCCCUCCAUUAUGGAUGCAAGUUUUUUCAUAUGACCAUAAGAAAAUAUAUAUAUAUAUAUUAUAUAAUAAUAUUAUUAUACAUUGAAUUUUUACUUUCUCUGGCAAUGGCGUUGUAUCCUGUAGGCUAGACAGUGUACACCAUGAUCUGAAUCUGACAUUCUGCUGGGUUCACCUGUCCAUUGGCGCUGGUCUAACAGUGCCGGGUUACCAUGGAGACAGGAUGGUCUGCAAGUUGCCAGGUGUUUGAGAAUGGCCUGGUGGCGCCCCCUAUGUUGACAUGUUCUAGAAAUACUCAGCAUCCUCUUGAUGCUUUAUGCAGGGCUACAGCCAUCCCAGCUCACUGGAGAACUUUUUUUUUUCUUUUGUGCCAUAUACAAAUCUUGAGGCCCAAUGAGCCACAAGUUACAGGCUCAUCAACUCUUGUUAGUGGAGUCAUAUAUGGGCUGUGUGGCCCAUUGAGCCACUAUGGCCUUUGAGCCUGGAGGCCCAAUAAGCCACUAGAUCCCUUGUGGCCCAUUGAGCCUCAGCCCCUACUUUGCCAGUCGACAGAGUAGCAUGCAAUGUUAGCCCCAGCAAGGUGGAGACUACAUGAGAGAUCUCAUCCCCCAAUCACAUUUUCUGUUGUUCUGUUGUUGAUUUAUUUGUCCAGAAUGUUCAGUAGUGCUUUGUCUCAUUAUCUGAGCUACCAAGCCCAGCAGGGGUCUUACAAAGGGCCUGUGUACAUGUUAACUGGUAUAGGGCCUGUUCCCUGUGAUGGAAACAUAGCUAGGUAACUCUGUUGUGUAUUCUUGCUUUAUCUAGUUGUUUUAUUUACUUUGGGACCCACUUUAUUUAGCCCCACCCCCCACUCCCUCUCAACUAGUUGUUAGAGUUUAAGAUUCCUCCUAUUGUGAUUGCUGUUUCAAUUAUUUCAACAUGUUUCUCAUUGUUUGUUUGAUUUCACCUAUUGUCAUAGUUUAAUUUUUUUAUGCCCUCGCUCAUUUGCAUAAAUUAUGUAAAUGAGAAGGGCCUGUGCUAUCUACAUGUGCCAUCCUGUUUCAGCUUUUUUUUUCUAUGAAUAUUAAAUUAUUUUUUUUACUUCUGGGUGGGGGCAAUGGUGAUAGGGUUUAUGGUCGAAAUUUAUUCCCUUGUAUCUGUGUACUUAAUAUUUUGGAAACCUUGAACUUGGCCAUAAUUAAUUUAGUCAUAAUGACUUUGUUAGACAUUCAAGUAUAAUAGAUCAGCUAAACAUAAUUGGGUUGGCAAAAUAUUUUCCAAUGCUUUGUUGUUGUUUUUUUUACUUGACAGCAGAAAGAAAUUGAAGUUAGUGAAUGGAAGUUGUUACUUUGGUCUUAGCUUUGUUUCUUUCAAUCUCACUGGGCAUAAUUUUGGUUUUCUUAUCUCUGCCAUGGUUUCUUCCUCCAUCUCUAGCAACAGGCACAAUCUGUGUCCUUAAGGCAGCUAUAGGCUAGAUCUACAGGGCUGUAUGGGGGGGUGAUUGUCAUCUGAGUGAUUGCUGGCUCGUUGAUUGCUGUGUGAUUGAUUGAUUCUGUGUGCUCUCUGGUUGUGAUCAACUAGAUGACUACAUGUGGUAUUGUUUUUAUGUUGUUUUAGACUUGACCUUUUGGUUUUUGCCAUAAUAUUUGCUAGCAAGUUGGAAUUUAAUUCUUUUUUUUUUCAUAUGGGUUACUUAAUUUCUUUGUUGUUAUAUUUUAAUUAUGUUUUUUUACUGUAAAUGCUUAAUAACUGUGCAAAUGUUUUGAUUUAGUUAGCUGGUUGAUUCAGCCCAGGCCAUGAUAUGGUCUGAGGCUAUGUACAUUUUGUUCUAUUGCCAUAUUAUUAAAUCAAUGGUGCCAUAAUUGUCCGCGAGGUCAGGGGUUACUUGUAUAAAUUAAGAAAAACAACUUGUGUUCUUGAUCACCACUGUACAGUUGGUUUACCUCAAAGUCAGAAGAUUCACACACAAAAAAUCAUUUUCUCACUGCUUCUAUGUUGCUUCUGCUUUGUUCUUUAGUUCAAAGGUUGUUUAUUUUUUUGUUGUUUAUUUGUUUGUUUUAAUCAUUACAAUAUGCAUUUUGUUGUUUUAAGAUUUGGACAUGCAAAAUAUUCUGACUCUAUUCAGAACUGAACCUGUCAGUUUGUGUAUACUAUGAAGUAGAAUGUUGUUUUAAAAUUUCACCAGAAACCAUCCCCCCUCCCCUGCCCUUUCCCCACUAACUGUCAGUCUUUUUUUUUUCUUCAUUCCACCAACCACUGCAAGAACAAAAUAUUUUUUUCCUUGUUUUUGCUGGUUUUUGUUUUCUUGAGAAAAAAAAUUUUUUUUUAAUUUGUUUUGGUUUGUCUCAAAGAGAAAGUAUGAUUCACCAGUAUGCAAUCAUAAUUUCUAUGGGUGAACGUUUGAUCAUUAACACAAAAUGGCUAUGAAAGACUAGUUUGCAUGUGUUUUUUCCCACUAAUACAGGUUUAGAGUGUGAAUACAAAUAUAUAUACAUAUAAAUAUAUAUAUAUUUACUAUAAACUUAAAGCCUACAUAUUUCUAUAUAGAAUUGUUUCUGUUAUUGCUCUCAUUAUGUAAUAAAUAAUAUGCAUAUAAGAUUGAUAUAAUAUAAUACUAUACAUAAUUGCUUUCUAAUUAUUUUUUUAUAAAUUUUGUUUCAUUAAUUUGCGUACAUUUAUAUUUUUUUUUCAUCGGCCACACAUAAACACUAAAGAAGUCCAUCAAUGUACAGAAUGAAACAUGCUUGUAUAAUCUCUUCAGCUCCCCUCCAUCAUGUAACUCUCCCUUGAAUGAUGUGACUGGCCACGCCCCCUAUCAUUGUUGACAGUGCCAUAUUUUUAACUGAUUUGUUCACACUGAUUAUUUUUUUUUAGGUUUUUUUUUUUUUUUUUGGUCACUUUUGAUUUUGUUUUUCUAUGUUUAGCAGUUUGAUGAAUCUGCAUCCAUGAUUGUGUUUCUCAUGAUACCCCCCCAUGUUCCCACACUCUGCUUUGCUUUUCAUAUUUUUUUAAAUAAUUUUUUUUUUCUCAUCCAAGUGUUGUGCCUGACACACCAUGAGUAAAAAAAACCUAGCUAGUUGAACUAACACUCUUUGAUGCCUCUCAGACACAUUGGCUUUCUCUGCUCCCUAGUAACUCAAACACUAAUAGAGUGGGUCCUGGUGGGUCAUUACCACCAGACUCUUUAGACCCCCCCCCCUGUCCACCAACCCACUAGAUAACUAAACUAAAACUUGGUCAGGACUUGGUUAGUACAGGACAACUUUCACAAGUUACGCAUUUGGGUUAGGGUUAGCUUAUCCCUUGUUACACAUCAGUUUACAGUAACUAAACAUUUAAGUUAGAAGUUCAUUCAUGUUACUGAACACCUGAAGUUAAAGGUUAGGGUUAGGUAGAUAUCAGGGAUCUAAUAGUAAACAAUUAGGGUUAAGGUUAGAUAAAGGAUCUAAUAGUGAUAGAUUAGGGUUAAGGUUAGAUAAGGGAUAUAAUAGUAAAAAGAUGAGGGCACUGUUUUUAUGUUAAUCAAACUUGAAUCAGGAACUUGAACUGGUUGUGAACCUGUUAGAUUUCAUUCUUUCAUGUUUUAUUUUUCACCAACACAUUGUACCAGCUGAUGUUGCUGAAUUCAUAGAAAACAUAGGAUUGUGUUUACACAAGUACUUUCUCUAUAUCUCAACUGAUUGUUACAAAAUUGUUUUAAUCUCAAACCUUCACUAGUUUUACACUGGGUUGGAUUUUUUUUUUUAAAUUGUAAUUUUAUUUUUUAAAAAUAUUUGGAAUGGUAAUUGAUUUGAAAGCAUAAAUGAAAAUAUGUUAAUUUUUGUGAGAUAUUUUUAGAUGUUUAUUUUUAUAGAAAUAAUAAAAGUAUAAUUUAAACAUAUAUUCUUAUCACUCCAGCUUAAGACUGGCAUUGUUAAUCUAUUAACAAUUGCUUAUUGCAAUUACCGAACUAAGAGAACCACACUUAAUUAUAUUAUUUUCUUUUUACUGUAGCUUUCUUGUCCCCACACAAAUAUUUGGUUUCCACACCUUAAGAUUAGUGAGUCUAUUUUUAGUUCCAGUUCUAGACUGUAGCGAUGACGUCACCUAGCGUGAUGACGAACCAUGGGAGUGAACCCUGGGCUCAACCUAUUUCACGUCAUCAUUUUGUCUGUGAUUUUUUUCCAUGUCAGGUCUAUCAUCUAUCUAUCAUCUGUCUCCGAUCAACCUUGAUUGUUGUGUCUGAAUUAGCACAGGACUGACUUGUAGACUAAAAUUCUUGCUUUGAGAGAAAUGAAUAACAAAUAAACUGGUUUGUUUAUAUUGAA